UUUCACCUGUGCUGUGCGUUGCGAGUGUUCUUGCGAGUUUCAGUCGAGCCGACAGUUUGGCGCGCUGAGGUCGUAUUGUAUUGGCCAAGUGUACCUACACGCAACCACGUGUGCGUUUUGUAAACCACUGCCCUGAUAGCUUGACUUUUCACGAUAACAGUGCAAUUGGAUUUUUUAUUAUUAUUAGCAAAUAAUCUGUGUGUGGACAGUGCAAAUAAAGUGGAUCAGUGACAUUGACGCUGUGUUUUCAUUUGCCAAACUGAGGAAUAUAACGACAGAGGGGGAAUAUCUUUGGAAAUUCGUGAAAGGGCUGCCAUGCGGGGCGUGCUCGACCCGCUCUGAUGCUCGCCUCCCUGUCCUCCCGUCGCGCCCUGGACGCAGAGACACCAGUCGUCUGGCCCGCAUGGUGUUACUCAGGUGAAGGCGGCGGCGGUGGAGGCGCGGCGCGGCGGUGCGCGCGCGAUGCCGCGGCGUCGCCCGCGCACGCGCAGGCGCCGACGCCCGCGCCGCCCGCACCGCAGCCCCACGUCAAGAGUGAGCGGCUCAGCCCGCACGAUUCCACCGCUUCCAGGUCCCGCAGCGUGACGCCGUCGACAUCCUCAUACCCCGGCACGCCGCCCGAGCGCGGCAGCCCUCACGCCCCUCCCCACCCCGCACCGGCCCACCCCCCGCGGAACUACUCCGACAUAAUGCGCUCGCUCGCCGCAAGAUACAACACACACCCAAACAACGAUUAUCUGUACCGCAUGAAUGGUUUCGGCGCGGAGCGAGCAACCACCUCACCACAGACAGACACCACAGACGCACCGCUCGGGGGGCUGUUCACGAAGCUGGCGAAGCAACAGGGCGGCCCGCCGAGGUUGCCCGCCUUCCCCGUCAUGCUGGACAUGAGCUCUACAAAAACAUUGCUGGCGAUAUCGAGGGUGCAUCGCGGCGGGCGGUCGCGGCGCAAGCGCAUCGGCAUGGGGAACAUGCCAGAACAUUCUCCAUUGGACCUUUCUGCUGCAGGAGAGAGCGCUGCUAAACGGGCACGCUUGUCUGCGAGUCCCAGCACACGAAGUGACAGUGAUGAGCGAGAUAGGAUCUCUAAUGAGGAUCAAGGUGAAGCAAGAGGAGAGUGCAUGUGUGCGGAGGCGAGAGCUCGGCUGUCAGCGUGGUCCGUCGACGAAGUGUGCGAAUUCGUCAAUUCUAUCGACAAUUGCGCCGAGUACGCGUCGAACUUCCGAGACCAAAGAAUUGACGGCGCCGUCUUGCCUCUCGUCACAGAAGAACAACUAACAGGCACGCUACAGAUGAAGCUCGGGCCAGCGCUGAAACUCAAAAUGGCGCUCGCCAGUCGGUUGGAGCCCUGCAGUCAAUGCCUGACCCUCAAUCCUACCACCCCAGUGCUCCCAGCAACUGGUCCCAAAAUCAAUGGAACAUCUGUCAAAUCAGAGCCGAGGAGCAACACAACCAGUCCCAGUUAGAAUACAACGGCGUUUUAUUGUUAAAUUAGUACUUUGUUAUUUUUAAUUCCAUGUUCAGUUUUUGCUUCGCCGCAUUAUUUAUUUGACAUAGACAAUCUGAUAGAGGUACUUAAUGCGAUUCCUAUUUUUAAAUCUUUUAUUGUUUAUAAACUUUGAUUGUCUAUGACAUCUAAAAAGUGCAUUUCAGUAUCUGCCACCUUUGCCACCCGCAACUUAGCAAAAACAAAACCUGAACAGUGUUAUUUUACAGAAAUUGAUAAUUACAAUUAGACUCUGCAGCACCAGCUAAUACUUAUUUAAUGACUGAUCAAUAAAGGCAGCUUACACGAUUAUCAUAAUAAUUCUAGUUAGAGUAGAACAUUAGUCACUUCCACAAUCGUAAAGUCUUCCUGAUGUAGAUUUUGCAUUUAGUUAUGUUUUAAGGCGCUUUAGACUAUUUUAAGUGAAUUUUAAGUUUUUUAUCUGUAAAUAAACUUGUUAAACUAAACGUUACGUGUUGCCGUCCAAAUGGUUUUAAUGUUAAUAAUGAUUGUGAAAUGUUUUUGUAUGUGUCCAUAAAUCAGGAAUAUCUUGUUUUUUGUUAGUAGUUAUCCGAAUAAUUGUUAUAAUUUUCUAUAACAUUGACUUAUACGAGUCGUGACGGCGAAAUGUUAAACUGAGGUUCCGAUAAUCUUUCUUUUCAUUGUCUUGAUCUUCAUUAAUUAUAAUUUUUGGAAGAUCGAAUAAAGAAAUAGGGAUGAUCAAACAAAAGUAACCGAAUUACAUUCAGUCAUUUUUUAAUCUUUGCAUACAAAAAUACUUUCAACAAUAUUGUCGAAUUAAUAAAUAAAUUCGGUGCUGAAAGACCCCUAGAUAAUUUUAAAUAAUUUAACAAUUGUUUGUAUAUAAUGGCCUGCAUGUAAAAAUACGACAUAAUAUUCGAGGCUACUAUUAGAAUUCUAAUACAGGGUCACAAAUUUAUACAUUUCGUAUGUACACAUGUAUAGUUAUAUUACAUAGAUGUAUAUUUUAUACGUCAAUUAUAAAUAGCAUUUAUUUAUACCACACCUGAUAAAAGCUCAGAAAUAUACUUACCGUUUAAAUUACAGUAUGUUAAUAUUGCAUAGAAUAAUGUUAAAGUCUCUUUGAGUUUUAAUUUUGAAUUUUGUAUAUAUCAUAGCCCAGUUAUACAUAAUUUAAGAGUACUUCAAUAUAGUAAACACUGUAUUUACCUGUGGUUAUCUCCUUAAUUGCCAAAAUAGUAUAUAGAAGAUCUACAUAUACGAGUUUUUACAAUAUUUUAUGCAUCCAUUUUUAGACAUUUGCUAAAGUUUCGACAGUGAUGGUUACUCAUUUUAAAAAUACAAAUAUUAUCUUUAAAUAUAAUGAUAAAAUGCCAAAUUUAUAAACUAAUUGUACUCCCGUAAGCUAUGUGCUAAAAUCAGAUGUCCCAAAAUAUUGAACAAAAGAAAAAAGAUAUGCGUUAUUUAUAAUUGUGAUUCAGUACACACAUAGUACUCUAAUUUUAAUCAUAUUAAACAGAAAAGGUAUUUUAUCCAGGAAUUAUCUUCUUAUUAAUGCAUAAUGCAUAUUGGGAUUAUUUAAGAACGGAUAUUAAAAAAAAAAAGAAAAAACAUGACUAAUCUAAUAAAAUUAGUGACCCGUAUAAAUACAAGCUUAAACACUUGAUCAAAAAUUUAUUUUUAGAAUUACGAGGUUAUAUAGUUCCAAACAAAAUGGAGAGGUGCUAACUUUAUUAAACUUUACUUCAAUCUCCGUGCCUUAUCGGUCUUCCUUUUAAAUAAGAUAUAAAAGAAAAGUAUAUUUUCAAGUAUUACGGUUCUACGCUUUAAACUGACGAUAAUACAUAAUGAUACUUACAUAGAGUAGAAGAAAUCAACGAAUUUGAUAUAGUCAGAGAUAGGUUUACACCGGCGUAAAACUUUUACGCUCGGGCGUAAAUCUAUCUCUGGUUUUAAGUGAUUUAACAUUAAUAUACGAUAGAUCGCUGCUUUUAUUUCGUAACUAACGUAUUAUAGAUCGGACCAGUGACUUAUUGUAUAAAGUAUAAAUAAAGUGUAUACAAUAGUAUACAAUAUUGAUAAUAAUGUCCAAGGAAAGUCCAGGGUUUUCUUAAAACGAAAGAAGGAACAUUAAAACACAGGUGAAAAUUAUGUGCGAUGUUAUUCGUGAUACAAUAAAAUAAAAUAUAAAUAAAUAUAAAUUCUCAAUACUAGAAUGACAUGAGGGCCGUAAUAAACAUUCCACGUCAUUUCUCACCGUUCGUACUUACAAUGUUAAUUUCGUUCCAUUUUGUUCCAAAUUUAAAUUUGAACCGAUGAUUGCAAAAACAAGAAAAGCAAGAAUAUAAUGUAACUUUUAUGAUUUUUUACAUAAAGGUUUUAGCAGCUCCUUGGUUCAAUGACCUUUGGUCUAUGGUCAGGCGUGUUUAAGCAAUCUUUGGUUCAUAUGAGAACUCCUGUGACUGAAAACGAAGUGUGUUUAUUUAGUGGUAAUGUGUAUAACAGUUUUAGUCACCUGUUACUUGCGAUCAUGUACUUAGAUACGGCUUGUUUAGGUAAUCCACCUUUAAGUAUUUAUGUGGAGAGAAUAAAAACGAAUGAAUUUAUUGAAAGUA